GGCAGGGCUGGCCCCGGGUCCAGCAGGUCUGUGGCACUGGCAGGAGCAGCUCCGGCUUCAUGCUGCACCUUGGCCCCUGCUCCUGGCCCUCCCUGUGACUCCUGGAAAGUGAAAGUACAAAGGCAGGCACAGGCAUCCACGCAGACAGGAGAGGAGAUGGUGACUGUGGCAGGACGGACGGACGCCUGGGCUCUGUGCCUCGGGGGCCUGCUCCUGUUUCUCCUCGUCCUGGGGACAGCAGGUUCCCAGCUUCAGGUGACCACGGCGCCUUCCUCCACGGCCCGCGUGGGCUCGGGGGCCCUGCUGCAGUGCCGGUUCGAUGUCGGGGGGCCCGUGGCCCUGGACUCCCUGUGGGUGACCUGGUAUUUCUGGGAGGAGAAGGUGGCCUGGUACGAGCAGGGCAGGAACCAGGCCCAGCCCGGAGCCAGCCUGCCAUCGGAGAAGGAGCUGCAGAGCGGAGACGCCUCCCUGUCGCUGGCCGUGGUGACUGUGUCAGACGAGGGCUUGUACCGGUGUGUUGUGGGGUACGGGGCGCAGCAGCGCCAGGGGAACACCACCCUGCACCUGCUCGCUGCCCCGACGAUCUCCAUCCCGAGAGAACCAGCUGUAGCCGAUGUGGAGACCUCGCUCCUGUGCCACGUGGGGGGGUUCUUCCCCAAGGACGUGGACGUGGCGUGGCUGAGAGACGGGCAGGUCCUGGAGGGCUUCACCCGCUCCAGCCCCCAGAGGAACCCGGACGGGACCUUCAACCUCACCCUGAACUACACCUUCAUACCCGCCUACAGUGACGCCGGCAGUGUUUUCUCCUGCCGCGUCCACCAUGCAGCUCUCAGACAGUCGCUGCAGGUGGACGUUCCCCUGGUCAUCCUAGGUGGAUUAACACCCAGGCCUGCCAGGAACUGGCUCAGAGGACUUCUGCUAAUGAGGGCCCCUCAGCAGCAAGAGGUGGGCAGCGCAUAUGCACCACUAGCCACAGGCAUACAGGUGGCCAGGAACCUGGCAGAAAACAGCUCCACAACCCAGCCGCCACCAUGUCCAACCGUGAAUAAUACAACUGAAAUCAUCCUGGGAGUCCUGCUCGCAGUGGCACUCGCAGCCAUCGCAGCCAUCGCAGUUUACUUCUAUAUGAAGAGGAGGACAGGCUGGGCGGUCUCCUACUCUGUCUCUGAGUUGCAGGUGCCAGAAAAGUGCCUUCUGGGCCAAGAGGUGACCCUGUGCUGCUCCAUGGAGGGGACAUUCUCCAAGCAUGUGGCUGUGACAUGGGAAAGGAUCCACAGCAAGGAACAAGAGAUCCCCGAGCACCAGCCAAUAUCACCUGCCCUCCCCCCGGGCUGGAGAGUGACAGAGAAGAGAACUAGGACCUGCCUCACGUCCUACCUGACCUUCACCCCCACGCUGCAGGAUGAUGGAGCACGGGUCCGGUGCAUCUUCUACCAUGAGGCAAAACGGAUCAGAGAGGAGCGAGUGUCCCCGGAGAUCCGGGUGUGGGCCCGGCCGCAGGUGUCUGAGAUCCAGGUGUUGCCAGAGUGGGACCCCCGGGACCAGGUGCCGUUUGCUGUCCAGCUCCACAACUUCUACCCCAGGGAGGUGCCCCCGAUCCAGUGGGGCUGGGAUGGGGCCGAGAACGGGGAGGAAGACCCCGCGCAGAUAGACAAGAACGCGGACGGCACGUUCACCGCGACGAGCGUCUGGAGAGUGCCCAGCCGGAGCCUGACCCGGCCGGAGCUGCGAGUGCGAGUGUGCGUCCAGCACGGCCCUGGAAAGCCCCUGAGCGAGAGAGAGCUCAGCCUGAGGGCCGUGGGCCUCCUGCGGCCCCCCGACGUGUCCGAAAUCUCCCUGACCGAGUCCAUGGCCACAGGAAAGGGAGUCACCCUGAGCUGCCGCAUCGCGGGGCAUUUCCCGGGGGAGCUGAGCGUGACCUGGCUGAAGAGGCGCAAGGGGGAGGACACUGCUGUGAUCCUGCGGGACUCGGCUGAGUGCAGGGUGGAGCCCGGCACGGCCGUCCUGGCACGGGACGGGAAGAGCUUCCAGCAGGAGACCAGACUCAUCUUGUGGACAUCCAGGGACAAGGGGGCAGAGUACAUCUGCCGUGUGGGACACCUCACCCUGGAGACCUGCAUCGAGAAGAGCUGGCCAUCUUGAAUCUGAAAGAGCCUGAAGGAGGUGCAGAGGUGACUGAGAACAGAGGCAACAUUAUCAGUAUGAAGAAAUCCUUCUCUAUCUCUGUUCCUGGGUCUGAGACCUCCCAUCCUCCUUAUUGUUUCCCACCAGGGAACCUGGGGAACCAGUUUGGUGAUGCUGGUCACUCCACCAGGGGUGAUGACCACUUUUAAAAGGAUUGGUUGCCAUCAGCAGGGUUCAAAUAAUACCUGGCUCUGGGUGGAUCCAGGUGUUGAGACCAAAACAUUACUUAAGGUUAGUAGGUACCUCAGGCUGCUGUCUGCAUGAAUUAGUCAGUAUGCUUGAAGAUUAGCUAUAAAGGUAGAUCUAAGUACAUCAGAUGCAUAUCAAAAGGGCCACUGAACUCUAUAUUUAAUAAAAGGCUCAAAAUAUCC